UAACCGCCUCUUCUCAUCGUAAAUUCCCCAUUUUGUUGUUUUCUUUACAGUAAACGUGACACUCAACAAUGGCUUACCCAGGACCUUACGGUGCAGCCCCCGGUGGAUUCCCAGGAGUGCAGCAGGAUCCUUUAUAUGGAUAUUUCUCAGCUGUGGCCGGACAGGAUGGACAGAUCUCAGCAGACGAGCUGCAGCGCUGCCUCACACAGUCUGGCAUCUCCGGCUCCUACCAGCCCUUCAGCCUGGACACCUGCAGACUGAUGAUCAACAUGCUGGACAGGGACAUGUCCGGCACUAUGGGCUUCAAUGAGUUCAAGGAGCUUUCUCAGGCUCUGAACGGCUGGAAGAACACCUUUGCAUCCUUCGACCGGGACCACAGCGGGACCGUGGAGGGUCAUGAGAUGCACCAGGCCAUCUCCACCAUGGGCUACAAUCUGAGCCCUCAGGCCAUGAACUGCAUCAUGAGGCGCUACAGUACACACGGCAGGAUCCCCUUCGAUGAUUUUGUGAGCUGUUGUGUAAGACUGCGCGCUCUGACUGAUCAGUUCAGAAGGAGAGACACGGCCCAAUCUGGCAGCGCCUCCUUUCAGUACGAUGAUUUUAUCCAGGUCACCAUGAGCGUAUGAAGAAGAGAGACCAAACAGACGGGACAUACUCGCCUUUUAAAAUCUUUUCAUAGUAACAUCACAACAUGUCAUUUCUAUGUGUGUUAAUUUUUAAUGAUGUUUGUAUGACGAGGAUUAAAACGUCACUGUCACAUUCCAUUUUAACAUGAACUUAACGAGUAAAGUAUAUGAACUAACUAAGAAUAUAAAGUAACCACUGACAUACAUUAGCCUGCCUGUAUAUUGGAGGGCAUUAUUAUCACUCUCUCUCAUCUAUAGCCUUUUACCUCAAGAGUAAUCACAUAAACCCAAAGAGCUCGGCAGUGUAAUCAUGUAUGAAAUUAAUAAAAAAAUAUC